AUGGCACAAACAAUGAUUGAUACAUUGAAAACCAAGAAACCAAAGACACAUUAUGCACGUAAAGGGUGUGUUCAGUGUAAAAAGUCGCACAUUAAGUGUGAUAAGAUUCAGCCAUUUUGCACUACCUGUUCAAAACGGAACAUUCUGUGUACUUAUGAGUUAAGUUUUGUCUUUGAGGAUGGGACUAAUAAGAAGAGGAUACCGCGACGGACACCUAGGACUAAAAGGGGAUCUCAGGAUAUUAUAACACCAUUGUCUGUAAACAGUACUUCUAGCGCAUCUGGUAGUUCGGGGAGUUUAAAUUUAACACGUAUGGCAAGUAUGACGCCUUUGGAAAACCCGCCAUUUGUUGCUACGCCAAAAUUAGAAACCAGAGCGUCCGUGAGUGUUUGCAGCGACGCACAAGGACGCGCAUCUUUCUUUACAACGAGUGCGACUCCUAUCGAGAAUGAGCAGAUUGAGUCCAAUUUCAAUUUUGAUGCAGCUACAGUUACAGCUGUCGCUACUUUUGAACUUCCAGAAUUCUUAGAUAAAUCACCCGCAGAGCUAGUGCUGUUUGAUAAUUAUGAUAUUGAAUCAGGGAAAUGGGAUAAUGAUGCACAUUGCGCAAAUUGGAAGUUUUUUGAUUUCGAUUGGAGGUCUGCAGAUUGGUUAGAAACGAUGAAGAUGUUAGAGGCAAAUGAUCCUAUUCAACAUUAUUCUCCCAUUAAUCAGCCGUCUGAUACCACGGGAUUUUAUUCUGACUCUCCAGAGUUAAUGAACUUCGUCUGGACAAUGGCAAGGAACACUCAAUUAUUUGGUAAUUUAACACUAUUUCCAACAGAAAAGAUUGAUCGCUUAAUACAGUUACUUUGGGAUUUAAAUGAUCAAUAUCCUGUUGUUCAAGAUGCCUUAGCAUACAGUUGUGGAAUUUUUACGAAAGACUUCUAUGAGAAGGCAAAUUACCGAAACUUUGCAUCUAUCUGGGGAACCAUUAUAAUGUCGUCAAAUUUGAGAGUCUCCGUUGAUAAGCUAAAUUUACAGUUACAAAAGUGCUCUCAUUUCGUGGAGUAUGUGGCGUUACUAUUUUCAUUCUUUUUGCUCAUUGCAGCAAAUAAUACAUGCGAAGGCUUCGAAUGGGAUGUUUAUUUGCCACAGACGUAUAUGAGUUUAAGAAAAGUAAGAAAGUUAGUUCCACCAGGCAAUUAUAUGACAAUACAGGAAACUGAAGCGUACUCCAUCUUUGGAUUUCUUGAGGAAUGGUUUUGCCAGGAAGAAAUAACGGCGCAGCUUAUGUCAGACCAAGGAGGUAUUGUGACAGAUUACACAGAAUUAGAAUAUUUGUUAGGUAGGGAAGCUCCAGAGCUCUCUAAUUACCGCGGGAAGUAUGAUUUAAUGAAAGGAUGCUUUAGAGAGCUAAACAGUAUUUUUUUAAAAUUGUGUUUAAAGAUCAUGGAAUUAAAGACUAAAGGAGUCGAAUUAGGAGGAAGACAUAUGAUGAAAUAUAAGUUCCUCAACACAAAUAGCUCCUUGUCCCUCGAGUUGCAUGUGUUUGGAUCAAAGUUGUUGGCUGAACUUGAAGCCUUAAAGCCUACUAAAAAAAGUAUUAAAUCUUUAUGUGAAGGUUUGACGGACCAUAGAUUACACUAUGCCAUGAAAAACUGCAAUGAAAUGUAUUAUUUUGGACUACAAGUAUAUUUAAGAGCAUUGUUUAUGAACUCUCAGCUGGAUAGUCCAGAAAUCACAGAGUUGUUAGAACGGGUUCUCGAAGCUGGUCAUAAUAUCACCUGUUACCCUACAAAGUCAAUAUUUUGUCAUUUGUUCAUCUAUCUUGGCGCCGAAGUGUCGUUAUUACUAAACCAAAAGACUUUGUUCAAAAAUUUCAUGGAUCUACUAAGAAAGAUCGCGCAUAAUGGCACGGCCGCUGCAAAAAAUAGUAUUCAAAAAUUAAAUUACAUAUCUCUAGCAUUGGAGACAAGAAAUUAUACAUUGUUGGUCAACCCUAUGUAUAAUCAGUGGAAGUCUAGCUUAUAA